AUGUCUCUGUUUCUCAAUCUUCCAUCUGAGCUUGGGAUGCUCAUUAUUGGGCAUGUGCUCGACGCCCCACUCAGCCCGCCUCGGGCUCCUUUUGAAUCAGAUGGAAUCACACGAUGA